GUUUUUAUUUGAACGCUGUCUGCUGUUUUUCAGUGUUGUGAGUUGAUCGGCGCGUUUAUAUGUGUGGGCUGCCUUCACAUGAAGUUUAUUUUUGCAUCAUCUAAAAUAUUUUUUAUUUGAUGACAAUUUUGCUGUAAUUUAUUGGAACAUUUAUUGUUAAUUUUUUUAGUUGCUUAGCAACAUAUUUGAAUAAGUAUUUACACGUUUGUUUGUACGUUUUGAACUAUUAGCGGGAUAUCUGUUGAUCUUUAACUGAAGAAAAAUGUUUCAUAUAACAUGAAAGAGAAGGAAUAUAGUGGACUUUUAUUUGCAUGAUUGGGGAACUGAUAAUUCAUAGUUAUAUUUCCUAUUGAAGUAUAAUUUUAAAAUGAGUCGAACCAACAGUUUUGCCCGGCAUUCUGUGUGCUUCCUUUCAUUUAUAACAUGGCUCCUGGGCGGCAUCGUCUUGGGGACCAUGAUGUGGGUUUUAGCCACUACUCCUACGGUGAAAAGUUUUUUCACCGGCACUUUAAUAUUCACUUAUAUUGUAUUAUCUGUUGGUUCGCUCUUAUUCAUAAAUGGUAUUCUUGGUUGGAUUGGAUCAUACAAAAGGGGAACUUGCCUUAUGAAAUUUUAUCUGGUGCUUUCUGUCAUCACAAUAUCAGCUGAAGUCGGUGGUAUUGUUGCCCUAAACGUACUGAGAAUGAAAAUGGCUGAUGUACUUAGUACUGCUUGGGGUGAAGUGAAUCAAAUGACGAAAAAUGUUGUACAGGAGCAUUUUGAAUGUUGUGGCUUUCUUGGACCUCAAGAAUUUGUUGACACAACUGAUCCUAUCGAUGAUAGUUGCUAUUACACAGUGAAGUCUGACGAUGAUGACUCGGUUGUUCAAAUGAAAUCUUUAAAUAGGAUGGGAUGUAAAGAAAAAUUAGUAGACUGGUUUUACAGUAAUAAGAUUAUAUGGAUAGCUAGUUUAGGUGGUCUUUUGCUACUGCAGGUGACUGUUGUUUUGUUUGCUGUCUAUGUUAUAAACCAAAUUAAGAGGGCAAGGAGAUCAAAUGCAUCAUCAUUUAAUGAUGUACAUUACCAUACUAGAUUAUGAGUUGCUUGCCUUAAUACUGGUAACUGGGUUGUUAAAGUGCCUUGAAGAAAAUUCAAAAUAUUACAAACCAUAAAAAACUAUUGUGAUUCUGGUUUAAUAUAUAAGAGCAGCUUAACUACAGAAUUGUGUAUAUAUAUAUGUCUUUAUUAUUCAAGUUCUUUGUAUACAACUUUUAUCACUUUAUAUGUUUUUCAUUAAUAAUCUCAUUUUAAAUAUUUAUCGAAUGUUAUAUGAAGAUAUGGAAAAUGUGAUUCAAUUUAAUAUAUGAAAAUACAUCCAAUUCACCUUUACAUACUAUAAAAUAAUAAUUAUUGAAUUCUGAAUUUGUAUAGUUUAUUUUAUUACUUUUUUAAAGACUUUCCUCUUUUUAUAAAUACUUUUAACUCUGUUUAAGUUGUCCCAUGAUGACAAAAUAUCAAUGCAUUUAUUUUAUUUUGUAAUGCAAAGUAGGGAAAGAAGGAACAAUAAAAUACUAUAAUCUAUUUUUCACAUGAUCUUCUUUAAUAUAUAUGCCCUUCAUAAAUGAACUUUUUCUUAAAUGCAACAGUAAGAUUUAAUGAUUGUGAAAUUGCCUGUUUUAUAUCAAUUUAAAUUUUUGCUAUUUAUAUUGUGAAAUAAUAGUUAUGGAUUAUAAUCAUUUUUUGACUUCACUGCCAUACUUGAAAAAUGGUUACUGAUGCUAUAUAUGUAUUUACCAAGUUUGAUGUAUUUUGUAGAUAUUAUAACAACUUUUAUAAAAUAUAUUGUUUAU